CUCUCUCUCUCUGUCUCUCUCUCUCUCCCUCCCCACCCACCAAUAGGCAAGCAGAAAGCAAGAGAGGAAAAGUCUGCAGGAGAGAGCAUUUUACUCUUUCCAUUGAUCCCUUCACCAAAAGGUAGAAUGAAGCCUGCUCUCCUUUCUCUCCCCCUAUUCUAGCUUGGCCUUUUGGUAUAUCCGCAGAUCCUAGUGGUACCAUAUAUCUCUUCAUGCACAGGAGAUCUCUUGAUGGCUUUUGCAUCCUCCACUCUUCCUGUGUACUUUGCUGUACUCCACCAUGCAUAGAAUUCUCUGUCCUUGUUGCUGUUUUAGUCUGUCUUCAGAGAAGUUUCUAGUGCCUUUUCCAGUUGAUGCGCUCCUUGUGAUCUUCUCGGUUCUCUGAGCUCACAGCUUUGAUGUGAUUGCUUUGGCGUUUUGCUUGUUUCUUGGUAUUUUUGGCAGAUCUGGACUUGGUUUUGUUUCCGAGGAUUCUGUUUAGAUUGUAAAUAGCAUAAAGAAGGUUCAUUUGGGAGUCUGUUUCGAUGCUUGGAUGGAUUUGUGAGGAGGAUGGUGGGAUGUGUUAGUUCUCGGCAAUCUGCUAAGCCCUGAGGAAUGAUGCGAAACCAGCUAUGAUUUGCUCUGCUGAUGAUUUGGUUGCGUGGAAAGAUUUUCCUAAAGGCCUCAGGGUUCUUCUUCUCGAUGAACACGGGCCCUCGGCGCAUGAAACAAAACUGAAACUAGAAGCAAUGGACUAUAUUGUUUCUUUAUAUUUCAAUGAACAAGAUGCAUUAGAAGCAAUCUCUAAGAAGGAUGAGAGCUUUCAUGUUGCUAUUGUAGAGGUUGCAACUGGCAAUUGUGAGGGAAGCUUCAGAUUUCUUGAAACGGCUAGGGACCUUCCAACAAUUGUUAUUUCAAAUGUCCGUUGCAUGAGCACCAUGAUGAAGUGUAUAGCACUUGGUGCUGCGGAGUUCCUCGAAAAACCACUGUCUGAAGACAAACUCAGAAACAUAUGGCAGCAUGUGGUUCACAAGGCCUUCAAUGCAGGGGGAGAUGUACUCUCCAAAUCAUUGAAGCCGAUCAAAGAGACCGUUGUUUCGAUGCUUCAACUUCAGACAGAAACAGCAGAACUCAAAAUUGAAGCCCAAUCUGAAGCAGAAAACACAGAGAAGGAACAUGAAAAUAGCCAUGAGAAUACUGUUGCAAAUGACAGGUUCCCAGGUCCUUCAACUCCACAGCAGGAACAUGGAGGAAGAUUGCAAAGUGAGGGAGACUGCCAAGAGAAAACUAACAGCUCAAUAGAGAGAGGGUGUACAGAGAAUAUCAAAGACUCAUUAGAAGUGAGAAAUUGUAGCAGUUUGGAAUCGAAAUCUGUUGAACAUACCUGCACCGAUUCAAUUGCUGCAGCCGAAACUGAGGAGAUUCUGCCUUCUAGACCUGAAGAGGCUGCAGCUGAGGAGGAGGUGAACUCGGCUGAUGGUUCUAAAACUGCUGAAUGCAGCGGUGUUAAAGAAGGCUCCCUAGCCUCUUCACGUUUGCAUAAUGGAGACAAUGUAGAAUCUACUGCAGAUGAUCCAAAGAAGAAGUUAGUUGCUAACAGUGAUUCACAUUCUAAUGGUAGCAGAAGCAAUAAAAAGAAAAUGAAGGUGGACUGGACUCCAGAUCUCCAUAGACGAUUUGUUCAGGCUGUAGAGCAACUGGGUGUAGACCAAGCCAUUCCUUCCAAGAUUCUAGAGCUGAUGAAAGUAGAAGGCUUGACGAGGCAUAAUGUAGCUAGCCAUUUGCAGAAAUAUCGGAAGCACAGGAGACACAUUUUGCCAAAAGAAGAUGACAGAAGAUGGCAACAAUAUAGAGAUCUCUCACCAAUGGGUUACAUGCGCAAACCACUUGUGGCCUACCAUCCAUAUCAUCCCCAUUGUGGAGUUCCCCUUGGUCACGUCUACCCUGCUUGGGCUCAUCCAAGUUACCCUACCCCUGCUGUCCAAAUGUGGGGCCAUCCUGGAUUCCCAACGUGGCAUCAACCUCCAGAAGGUUGGCCUUGGAAGACCCACCCUGCGAUUAAUGCUGAUGCAUGGGGCUGCCCUGUUUUGCCACCUUAUAGCCAUUAUACCGUCCCUACGAGGUCUCUGAUGAGUAACGGUAUGAAUGCAAAUGGAGAUGGAAAUAGGCAGUUUAAAGAUCCGUAUGACUUGCAGCAGGCGGAGGAGAUGAUCGACGCGGUGGUGAAGGAGGCGAUGAGCAAGCCGUGGCUUCCCCUCCCUCUCGGCCUCAAACCACCCUCCACCGACAGCGUCCUCGCCGAGCUCCAUCGCCGAGGCCUCCGCAUCGUCCCGCCGGCUAUCCACCCUCCUCUCCGGUGAUUGGUGUGCCCACGCCAGCUUCUUUGUGCGGUUCAGACUCGUGCGACGUGGCUCGUGCUUCGAUCUCACUGGACUUCGUGGCUGUAAAUGAAAGUUGGUGAGGGACCGCCAGCAGGCCCUUUCAGUGGUGUACCACUUUGGGCUUGGCUUUUGUCCCUUCUUCUUUUAUGUUUUUCUGUGAUUAAAGUACUUAUCCGAGAAUAAUGCAGUUCGGUCGGCUGCUUGUCGGAAAUUUGGACCAAGUCAAUGCAAUUGAUUUCCAAGGCCUUUCAUCCUUCCACAAGAAAAGGAGGAGGAGGGAGGAGGGCAGUGCAUC